UCGCGUGGCCUGAUAAACAAAAGAAUGAGCAGUCUUCGGGACCUAUAUAUGAGCAAAACGUUGGUUCCAGACUUGAAUUCAUUCGAACUACGCACGAAGAUGUUGGCACUUCUGAUCGCUGUGGGGACGCUGGCCAGUUGCACACGAGCCACGAUCGUGGGGCAUGCGGACAUCGGUGUAUGCCCGAAUAUUACAGAAAAAUACGAUUUUGACCCUGUUCCCUACCUAGGCCGAUGGUACGAGACUCAGCGAUUUUCGGCUUUAUUUGAAGACGGACAGGACUGCGUCAACGCCAUUUACGAAGAUAUGGGAGACGGUUACGUCAAGGUACACAAUAUGGGUCGCUCAGCCUCCGGUGAGCUGAUGGAGAUCAUCGGCAAGGCUCACCUGAUUGCCCCAGGGGUUCUUUCGGUGGAAUUUCCUGGACACGGCGCAGGCGAUUAUCACGUCCUUGACACGGAUUACGAGACCUUCUCCUGCGUCUACAGCUGUGGUCAAGUAGGACCUCUGAGGGUCGAGUACGCCUGGUUGUUAACGAGGAACGUGAUCGUAGACGAGGCCUUAGUUGAACGCGCCAACCAAGUGUUUACAAAGAACGGCAUCGACGUCUCCAACUUCCAACCCACACACCAAGGCGACGAUUGUCCUUACGCGGUCUAGAGAGGCUGGCUGAUUGAUUUCUUACCAGACUCUGGCAUCGCGAUGAUCGUGGAAACCGAAGCUUGAAAUAAUGCAUUCGGUUCAAUGACUCAUUUGGGCUUUGAGCUUACUAGAAAUCUUGAUAAAAAUUUGUCUCUGGGAAUAACUUUCAUAUAAUCUAAGCGUUUGUAAAUUAAGUUAAGUUGCCUUGGACUCAUUUAUUUUUUAUGCUUUUUGUCAAUUAAGACUUGAAUACACUUCCUUUGCAACGCUGA